GGGCAAGGCAAGGCAGGGCGUGGUAGCUCUCGACAAUUGUACAAUCUUUCCGCCUUCUUUCAGCCACCCGCGACUACCAACGAGCCUUCCUCUCCAUCGCCAAUCAUCACAGGUGCACUUUGCUCAUGAAACCAAAGCCGGGAGCGGUGCACCUCAUCCCUGCGAAAGAUUGAGGCCCGUCGAUUUGCCAGAUUGACCAUUUCCCCGUCUGGACCCCUCGUCCAUCUCACCGACAUCCACCGAAUCCACCGCACAUCGCACAUCGCACCGCAUCGGAGCUUGAGUCACGAUGAUGCCCAAUCCGCACGUCUACGGCCAUCACCAGUACAAUCCCCAGGCCGAGUCGGCAUGGAUGCACCAGCAGACCAGCCACCAGCAGCACCACGCUCAACAGCAGGCUGCUGCCGCGGCCGCCUCCGCUGCCCAGCAGCAGCACUAUAGCCGCAUUGCUGGCGCGCAUAAUACCGUGAAUGCCCUCAACGCCGCCCACGCCCAGGAUGGUAACCUCGAGAACCCCGUGUCGGAGGACAACCGGCGCACCCUGGCCUACAUCGCCGACCUGUUGAACGAGACCACCAGAGAGGCCGCUCUUUUGGAGCUCAGCAAAAAGCGGGAGCAGGUCCCGGAGCUGGCCUUGAUCUUGUGGCACUCCUUCGGCGUCAUGACCUCGCUGCUCCAGGAGAUCAUCUCGGUCUAUACCCUCCUCAACCCGUCGCAGCUCACCGCCGCGGCAUCCAACCGAGUCUGCAACGCGCUGGCCCUGCUUCAGUGCGUCGCAUCACACAAUGAGACGCGCACCUUGUUCCUCAAUGCGCAUAUCCCUCUCUUCCUUUAUCCUUUCCUGAACACGACGUCCAAGUCCCGACCAUUCGAGUACCUCCGCCUGACAUCCCUGGGAGUCAUCGGGGCCCUUGUUAAGAACGACUCGACCGAGGUCAUCAAUUUCCUCCUCACUACCGAGAUCAUCCCGCUCUGUCUUCGCAUCAUGGAAACCGGUUCGGAGCUGAGCAAGACGGUCGCUAUUUUCAUCGUCCAGAAGAUCCUCCUGGAUGACAAUGGCCUUAACUACAUCUGUGCUACAUACGAGCGGUUCUAUGCUGUUGGCACCGUUCUGAGCAACAUGGUCGCCCAACUGGUCGAGCAGCAGACUGCACGGUUGCUUAAGCACGUCGUGCGCUGCUUCCUCAGACUCAGUGAUAAUGCGCGAGCCCGCGAGGCGCUUCGACAAUGCCUUCCAGAGCCACUCCGCGAUGCCACCUUCUCCUCGGUGCUCCGCGACGAUGCCGCCACGAAACGUUGCCUGGCCCAGCUGCUCAUCAACCUCUCCGAUAAUGGCAAGGAUUGGGUCGAUCGCCCGUACAGAUAACUGGGGAAGUGUGUGUGUAGCGGUGGGCGUGGUCUCGGCACGAAGUCUUGUUUUUCUUCUUCAUCAGAUACCCAUCCGCCAGGCCAGAGUCGACGCACUAGCUCCUGGUUCGGAGGAAAAAGUUGCAGAGUUAGAUCAGGCUGGGAAAAGUGGUGAGGGACGGGAGGGAAGAAAAGGGAUCCAUAACAUACGGCGUUGCUCGGCGUUUUAUCAUGCUCCAGUUACUGUAACAGAGGGGGGAAGGCAUGGGAGGCGAGGCUUCAGCAUAGCACCCGGAACGGCUUGUUAUUCCAGACCUUGGGAGUUGUCUAUUAUUCAUAACGCUUGUACAGAUAUGUAACGCUUGUUGUAGAUAGUUGGGUCUGCGCUAUUAUCCAUAGACCCAAGGGGCUGCCUGUAUUACUGAGGUUGGCGGGCUGGACGCUGAAGUUCACAAAUCCAUCAGUUGUAUCUCCG